UCAAUGAUGAUAAUGAUGCAAAUUAUCUCGGCACAUCAUUCAGUAAUUCAUCCUAAAGGAAAUUCAUUCAUCUAUGAUGAAAGAUCAAUAUCAAAAUUGGUUGAUAAUUUUGAUUUUAAACGUAUUCCGCAGUCAUCAUCAACGAAUGCACAAUCCUCAUUAUCAUCAUCAACAACAUUGUAUCCAAAAUCAAUAAAUGAUAAAAUAAAAUCCGUUGUAAAUCUUGUUGCUAGUCCAUCAACUGAACAAUCAUCAUCAUCAACAGUUGAUGAUGAUGAUCAACCUUUUUAUCAAAAAGUGAUACCAAAAUUAACCAGAAUAAUAUUCAAUACAAAACCAUCAAUAUUGAAUAAUGAUGAAACAACUAUUGUACAAUAUCGUAGUCCAAUCAUGCAGCAACAACAACAAAAACCUGCAUCUGAUUAUCAACCUCCACCACCGCCAACUGUACCGACAAUAAGAUUGAAUCACCGAACAUCACCAAUAUCAUAUCCUCAUCAUCAUCAUCGUUCAUCACCAUCAACGAUUGCCAAACGAAUGAUUAAACCAAAAUCGAUACAAUUAUUAACCAAUCUACCACCAUCAUCACAACAACAAUGGAAACCAUUAAAACCAUCGACGGCAAUUAAAUCGAAACAUCCAAAUCAUAAACAACAAUUAUCGAUUCAAACACCAACAACAAAAACAACAACACAAUCACCACGUGAAACAUAUAUGACAUUAUCAUUUGAAGAACCGAAAACUAAUUUAUCAAAUGAACCACGUUAUCAUCCGGCAUCUCGUCUACAACAACAACAACAACGUAAUGGUCGUAAUGUAAAAGAACCAUUACCAUCAUUGAUGAAUAAACGUAAUGUACAACAACAACAACAACAAAGACAACAAGGUCGUCGUUCAACAACAACAACAAUACCUAAUAGUAAAGUAAGGUCAUAUCAUCAACAAUCAUAUCGUACGGAUUCACCUGUGUCGAAAGAAUCAAAUGAAAUACCACCAACACAACAACAACGAACAUUAUUAUCAUCAUCAUCAGCAACAGGAUCGUUCAAAUCAAGACAUCAAUCAUCAGAUACAUCAUCAUCAACACCACCACAAUCAUCAAUGACAUUAUCAUUUCAUGAUCCAAUUGGUGGUUCGUUGAUGCGAUCAUCACAAUCAUCAUCAUCAUCAUCGAUGAAACUAAAUAAACCAAUAUCAACAUCGUCAUUAUCAUCAAUUGAUUUGAAUGAUGAUCAACAACAACAACAACAACAACCAUUUGAUUGGCAAAAAUCAAUAACAAAAUAUGCAAAAGAAUUUGGUUUUGAAACACCAUUCUGGAAUCAACAACAAUCAUCAUCAGAUUCAUUUCUUUCGAAUAAUGAUGAUAAUGAUGAUGAUUAUGAUGAUCGUGGUAAUAAUCAUGGUAGAAAUAUGAAUAACGACCAUGGUACCAGUGAUCAUUAUUCAAAACAAUCAAGUAUUAGUUCAUUAACAUAUGCUAAUGAGGAUGAUGAUAAUGAAGAUGCUGAUGAUGCUAAUGGUAAUAUGGAUUAUAAUCGAUUUAAAACUGGAAAAUUUUCGAUACAAAACGAUGAUUCAAAUGAUAGCCAACAGCUAAUAACAUCAUCAAAUUAUCCAAUACCUGAAGAUUUAUUUUCAUCCAAAACAAAUGCUCAUCAAAAUCAUCAUCAUCAUCAUCAUGAUAUUGUUGGUGGUCAUCAUGAAUUAUCGUCAUCGCCACAACAACAACAACAACCAUUCAAAGAUGAAAUUGAUAAUUUAUUAAAUCAAUUUUAUGGACAUGGACAACAACAACAACAUCGUCAUUAAA